UUGGCACACUUGCUUUUUGUUCAAAUUUACAGUUUCUGGUGUCUCUUUCAGCUUUAGGUUUGGCCUUGUUUGCACUGUACAACAUCUUUCUCAGGAAAAUGUUGCACCAGGAUUGCGUUUAUACAAGCCUUGCAGGCGACCUCUUACAUUCUCAGUUGCUGGUUUUGCACUUGAAGGGUCAUAAUGGUUUGAGUUAUUAGUGAUGGGGGAUGAGGAGAAAUGGACUGGGGGAUGUCUUUGGAUUUUUUCUUUUCUCUAGAUGAGUGGAGGAAGAGGAUUUUCCUAUCAACAAUUCCUCCAUGAUAGUCAGGGUAGGAUUCGUUGUUGCUGCUUCAAUUGCAGCUUUUGCAGUUAAGCAGCUCAAUGUCAAAAACUCAAAGUCAUCAACUUCUUUGGCCAAAUCUUCAGAAAAUGGAGAAGCAAGCUUUGAGGAACAUCCAAAUGAGGGGGACAACAAAAAGCAGUUUGCAUAUUCUAAUGAUAGCCUCAAAAAGAAGGAUGGUGAGGAAGAAGAGGAGGAAGAAGAUGUUAAAUUGAUUAGUAGCAUAUUUAAUCGAGUUAAUGGUAGCCAACCAGAUAUUGGUGAUGAAGAUAUCCUACCUGAAUUUGAAGACCUUCUGUCAGGGGAGAUUGAAUAUCCAUUAUCCGCUGACAAGUUUGCAAGGGCAGAGAGAGAAAAAAUUUAUGAAACUGAGAUGGCAAACAAUGCAAGUGAACUGGAACGGUUGCGCAAUUUAGUAAAGGAACUGGAGGAGAGGGAAGUGAAGCUCGAGGGUGAAUUGCUGGAGUACUAUGGUUUAAAGGAGCAGGAAUCAGAUAUUUUUGAAUUAAAAAGGCAGCUCAAGAUCAAGACAGUUGAAAUUGACAUGCUGAAUAUUACCAUCAGCUCUUUGCAGUCUGAGAGGAAGAAGCUCCAAGAAGACAUUGCACAUGGAGCUUCUGUAAAGAAGGAGCUGGAAGUUGCAAGGAACAAAAUCAAGGAGCUACAAAGGCAAAUUCAGCUCGAUGCUAACCAGACAAAAGCCCAGUUAUUGUUUCUCAAGCAACAAGUUUCUGGUCUUCAAGCAAAAGAGCAAGAAGCCAUCAAGAAUGAUUCUGAGGUUGAGAAGAAGCUGAAAGCUGUGAAGGAGUUAGAAAUGGAAGUUAUGGAGCUUAGAAGGAAGAAUAAAGAGCUUCAACAUGAAAAGAGGGAGUUAACUGUUAAAUUGGAUGCUGCUGAAGCAAAAAUUGCUGCCCUUUCCAACAUGACAGAGACUGAAAUUGAUGUCAGGGCAAGAGAAGAGGUCAGUAAUUUAAGACAUGCAAAUGAAGAUCUGCUAAAGCAAGUGGAAGGGCUUCAGAUGAACAGAUUUAGUGAAGUUGAAGAGCUAGUGUACCUUCGUUGGGUCAAUGCAUGCUUGAGAUAUGAACUCCGGAACUACCAGACUCCUGAAGGAAAAAUAUCAGCUCGUGAUCUCAACAAAAGUCUGAGCCCCAAGUCCCAAGAGACGGCUAAACAGUUGCUAUUGGAAUAUGCAGGAUCAGAGCGUGGGCAAGGGGACACAGAUAUUGAAAGCAACUUCUCUCAUCCAUCCUCCACUGGAAGUGAGGAUUUGGAUAAUGCUUCUAUUUAUAGUUCCAACAGUAGAUAUAGCAGUCUCAGUAAGAAACCUAGCUUAAUCCAAAAGCUGAAGAAAUGGGGCAGGAGCAAAGAUGAUUCAAGUGCUGUUUCAUCACCAGCCAGAUCCCUCUCUGGAGGCUCUCCAAGCAGAAUUAGCAUGAGCCAACAUCCUCAGGGUCCAUUAGAAGCACUGAUGCUGAGGAAUGCUGGUGAUGGUGUAGCAAUCACUACUUUUGGUAAAAAUGAGCAGGAAUUUACUGACUCCCCUGAAACCCCAACUAUUCCAAACAUUAGAACACAAGUGUCUUCUGGUGACUCUCCGAAUUCUGUUGCAACAUCAUUCCACUUAAUGUCUAGAUCGGUGGAUGGAAGUCUAGAGGAAAAAUAUCCUGCUUAUAAGGACCGUCAUAAGUUGGCCUUGGAGAGGGAGAAACAAAUUAAGCAAAAAGCACAGCAAGCAAGGGCAGAGAGGUUUGGAGACAAGUCAAAUUUCAGUUCAAAAGCAGAAAGAGAGAAACCUGUAAUUUUACCGCCAAAACUUGCUCAAAUAAAGGAGAGGACGGUUUUUCCUGGUGACUCAAGUGGGCAAUCCAAUGACGAUAAGGCUGUAGAUUCUCAAACAAUAAGCAAGAUGAAACUUGCCCACAUUGAAAAGAGACCACCUAGGGUGCCCAGGCCACCACCUAAGCCAGCCGGUGGUUCUUCUGCUUGUGUGAAUACCACUACAACUGGACAACCUCCAGCUCCACCUCCACUACCUUGUGCCCUGCCGCCGCUGCCUCCACCACCUCCUCCUGGUGGACCACCACCUCCGCCCCCUCCUCCAGGAAGCCUACCUAGAGAGGCAGGGAGUGGUGAUAAAGUUCACCGGGCUCCCGAACUUGUUGAAUUUUAUCAAACAUUGAUGAAACGAGAGGCAAAGAAGGACACGUCAAGUUUGAUUUCUCCAACAUCUAAUCCAUCAGAUGCUAGGAGCAACAUGAUUGGAGAGAUUGAGAACAGAUCGUCAUUCCUCUUAGCUGUAAAAGCUGAUGUGGAAACUCAAGGUGACUUUGUCCAGUCCUUGGCAACCGAAAUUCGAGCAGCUUCCUUCACCAGCAUAGAAGACCUGGUGGCUUUUGUAAAUUGGCUAGAUGAGGAACUUUCCUUCUUGGUUGAUGAAAGAGCAGUUCUCAAGCACUUUGAUUGGCCUGAAGGAAAAGCUGAUGCAUUAAGAGAGGCAGCUUUUGAAUACCAGGACCUAGUGAAGUUGGAAAAGCAGAUCUCAUCCUUUGUUGAUGAUCCCAGCCUCCCUUGUGAAGUUGCUCUGAAGAAGAUGUACAAGUUGCUUGAAAAGGUGGAACAAAGUAUAUAUGCACUUUUACGUACAAGAGACAUGGCUAUUUCACGAUACAAGGAGUUUGGAAUUCCAGUUAAUUGGUUAUUGGAUUCUGGGGUUGUUGGAAAGAUCAAGCUUUCAUCUGUACAAUUGGCAAGGAAAUACAUGAAACGUGUGGCAUCAGAACUUGAUUUAUUGACUGAACCUGAGAAAGAACCUAACAGAGAGUUUAUACUUCUGCAAGGCAUCCGUUUUGCUUUCCGUGUUCAUCAGUUUGCGGGCGGUUUUGAUGCAGAAAGCAUGAAGGCUUUUGAAGAACUUAGGAGCCGUGUGCAUUCACAAAUGGGAGAAGACAAUAAGCCGGAAGCAUGAUGCACUUUAUUUGGCCUUAUUCUUUUCCUUAGUCUUCCACUGCUCUACUGUAUAUUGCCUUUAUACUUGACAAUGUAUUAGAAAUUACUCCAUAUAGAUUGAAUAUUGUACAAUGACCUGUCCAGUUAAAUUAGACAUGAGACAGAAAAAGGAAAGAGCAAUGCAUAUAAAAAUAUUGUUUUA